GUCAAACGUUCGUUCUCCUUCACCGCGACCAGCACUUCAGCUCGAGAUCCGCGAAUCGCAGGCGCCUAGUUUUUUUUUCGUGAAAAAGUGUCCGCAAAGUAACCCAGCAGCAGCCAGCAUGUCCACCGUCGCCAGUGCACUGUCCCUCGCGGGCUCGCGGACAUCCGGUGCGCCGGUUCGCACCCAGAACGUGAUGGCCGCCUCGUCGAUUGCCAACAUUGUCAAAUCUUCGCUGGGCCCGGUCGGCUUGGACAAAAUGCUGGUGGACGACAUCGGGGACGUGACGAUCACGAACGACGGUGCCACCAUCCUGCGCCUGCUGGAGGUCGAACACCCGGCCGCGAAGGUGCUCUGCGAGUUGGCCCAGCUGCAGGACGAGGAGGUCGGCGACGGCACCACAUCCGUUGUGAUCAUCGCUGCCGAGCUGCUCAAGAACGCGGACGAUUUGGUGAAGCAGAAGAUUCACCCCACGUCGAUCAUCGCCGGCUACCGGCUGGCCUGCAAAGAAGCGUGCAAGUACAUCUCCGAGCACCUGACCGCCCCCGUCGACGAGCUGGGCCGUGAAACGCUCAUCAACGUGGCGAAGACCUCGAUGAGCUCGAAGAUUAUCGGCGCGGACGCAGACUUUUUCUCCGCGAUGGUCAUCGACGCCACGCUUGCCGUGAAGAUCCUGGACCCCAAGGGUAACCCGAUGUACCCGAUCAAGGCCGUGAACGUGCUGAAGGCCCACGGCAAGUCGGCUCGCGAAAGUGUUCUGGUCCAGGGUUACGCGCUGAACUGCACCAUUGCCUCGCAGCAGAUGCCCAAGAAGAUCACCAACGCAAAGAUUGCCUGUCUGGACUUUUCGCUGCAAAAGACCAAAAUGAAGAUGGGCGUGCAGGUGCUGAUCACCGACCCGGAGAAGCUGGAAGGUAUCCGUGCCCGCGAGUUGGACAUUACAAAGGAGAAGAUCGAGAAGAUCCUGGCGACGGGCGUCAACGUUGUGCUGUGCAGCGGCGGAAUCGAUGAUCUGUGCCUGAAGUACUUUGUCGAGGCCGGCGCCAUGGCGGUGCGUCGCGUCAAGAAGUCGGACCUGAAGCGUAUUGCCAAGGCCACCGGUGCGUCGUUCCUCACGUCGCUGACCAACAUGGAAGGCGAGGAGAGCUUCGAGGCCAGCUACGUCGGUGAGGCCGCCGAAGUCGUGCAGGAAUUUAUCUGCGACGACGAGCUGAUCCUGAUCCGUGGACCAAAGGCACGUACGGCUGCGUCGAUCAUUCUGCGUGGCCCCAACGAUUUCUACUGCGACGAAAUGGAACGCUCCAUCCACGACGCCCUCUGCGUGGCCAAGCGAGUGCUCGAAGGCAAAAAGGUGGUCGCCGGAGGUGGCUGCGUCGAGGCGGCCCUCUCAAUCUACCUCGAAAACUUUGCUACAUCGUUGAGCUCCCGGGAACAGCUGGCCAUCGCCGAGUUUGCCAAAUCGCUGCUCGUGAUUCCGAAAACCCUCGCCGUCAACGCCGCCAAGGACGCCACCGAUCUCGUGGCCAAGCUGCGCGCCUACCACAAUUCCAGCCAGACCAAGGUCGAGCAUGCCAACUUCAAGUGGUACGGACUGGAUCUGAUCGAGGGCGUCGUGCGGGACAACAAAAAGGCCGGCGUGCUGGAACCGGCCAUGUCCAAGAUCAAAUCGCUCAAGUUCGCAACGGAGGCCGCUAUCACCAUCCUGCGCAUCGACGAUAUGAUCAAGCUGAACCCGGAGGAAAAGCAGGGCAAGAGUUACGGCGAUGCGUGCGCCGCCGGAGAACUGGACGGUUAAACCCCACUCAGUAUCCAUUCACUAGCACGUAAGCUUCGUCUAACUUCCACUCAUAUUCAGUUGCACACGUACCCCUCCCCCCUCAAAAAACACCAUCCCAGUUUUGCUUUGUAGCUUAACACCUAGGCUCGUAAUGAAACCGCGAUGCAAACUUCUCUAAACGUUCUGAUUGUGUUUGUCGAUUGAUCACACGCCCACUCAAAAAAGCGCGCUUUACAGGAACCACAUAACGUCUGGAACAAGCACACUUAAUACAGCGGUAAUUAUUAACACACUUUA